AUGGCCGAAUCUACCCCCCUCCUCUCCUCUCAGGGUGAGGUGUGCAAGGUCCAACAUUUUCCUACUACUCUCCGCGGCAAGAAGAUCCUCCUUGCGACUGAAUCAUGGGGUCCUGUCAAUGGAGUCAGUCGAACGACGCGCAGUCUGGUGGAGUAUCUGCGCGACAACGGUGCAGACUUGAUUCUUGUCGCGCCUCACUUCAAAGGCGACUCGAAGCAAAGGGCGACGUCCUGGGAGCGCCGUUUGCCUGGCUGUGCCCUGCCAUACAACCCCGAUCUGACGGUUGUCUAUCCGUUCCAGUUGGCAGAUGUCUUUGAUCAGUGCUUUGAGCCGGAUCUAAUUUAUUUGGCCAGCCCGGCCUCGCUUGGGUUCCAGAUGCUCCUCCAGAUCCGCCAGCUGAGAUCUCCGCCGCCGGUCUUGCUCAACUUCCAGACGGAUCUAUCUGCAUAUGCGGAGAUCAUGCUGCCUGCACCUUUGGAUCAAUUCGGUGUGUGGCUCCUGGCUACUGUGCAGGGAUUCUUGUUCCGCACCCGCGCCGUCCAGACCAUCUUUUAUCCCUGCAGCGCCAUCCGCCGGUAUCUGGAGCGUGCAGGUGCGCCGGUCGACAAACUCGCUCAUUUAGGCCGUGGUGUGGACACUACUCUCUUCUCACCGACACAGCGGGACGAAUCAUAUCGGCAACAGAUUGCUCCAAACGGCGAGAUCAUCUUGAUCUGUGUCUGUCGCAUUGCCCCCGAGAAAGGGUUUGAGUUCCUCGCACAGGUUGUGCAGCGGCUGGCCGCUGACAAAGUGCCCUUCAAGCUGUUGAUUGUCGGUGGGAACCGUAACCCAACAGUCGAGAGCAAGGUGCAGCGCCUCUUCGAUGGCGUCCGUGAUCACAUUGUCUUUGCCGGGUUUCUCACUGGGGCUGCUUUGUCCCGCGCCUAUGCCUCGGCUGAUCUCUUCCUUCAUUGCUCUAUCACUGAGACAUUUGGUCUGGUAGUUCUCGAGGCCAUGGCCAGUGGUAUUCCCGUCAUUGCCCGCGACCAAGGUGGGCCCUCGGAUAUCAUCCUCCAUGGACAGACCGGGUACCUGGUCCCACCCCGCGAUCUUGAACGUUUCAUCGAGUUGGUGAAGAAUGUCUCCCAUGAUACAGUACGACGGGCGACUCUUGCUCUAGCUGCGCGUGAGUAUGCCGACAACACCACCUGGGAGAAGAUCAACUGUCGGGCCGCUUGGCAAAUGGCGGAUGCCUUGUCCCAUGCCGAUCAGGAAGCCCAAGUCCCCCGGCAAGCCACUCGACGGGGAGUGGUGGGAUCAAUCUUCGAGCAGUUUCGAUUAAUUCUGGCCGUGGGGUUGGUGUAUUUCAUGUGGUUGAUUUCUGUAGUCCCGUUGAUCGUUCAUGGGAAUCGGUUCCUUCCUCGGGCAUGGCAAGCCAUCCAGGGACAAUUCCAAGGGACUCGUCCCUUGCGCAGUUGA